AUUUAUUAUAAUUAUACACAACUCCACAGAUACAAGAAUGUCAAGGACUAUAACAGAGGCUGAUAAGAAACGCUACAGAGCACUUUUUAAUGCAUUGGAUGUCAACAAUGAUGGAAAGAUUCAAUGCAGUGAGCUGGCUCAAGCUUUGAGACAACGUCGUCUCUCUGCAGAUAAAGCUAAGCAUCACGCCCAGUCGAUAUUUGGUAAAAUUAAUACAAACAAUGACUCGUUUUUGGAUUUUGACGAAUUUGUUGAAUAUAUGGUUCAACAUGAAGCAAACUUAUUAUCAGUGUUUAAAAAACUAGAUAAAAAUAAGGAUGGUCAGUAUUAGUAUUGAACAAAUAGUUAUUAUUAACUUAAGAUAAAAAAAGAACAUCUUCCAUUAAGCUACAAUUGUUUCUAUACGAAUAGUCACUAUGGUAACUAAUAAAAAUUAAUACUUGUAAAUAUUUAGACAAAAUGAUAUUUGUUAUGAAAGUAAAAAGCAGACUUUAAAAAUGAAAAUGCUACAACUAUAUGUAAAAACAUAAAACGAUUCACUUCAUAGUAGAGAAUCAAUAGAAAAAUAUAUUCGUAUUGAAAAAAAACUGUUAGUUUUCAUAUAGGACUAUUCCUUUGAUGGUUUAUAUCUGAUAUUGCAAAAAGAAAAAAAUAAGAGUGAAAAUUAAUAACUUCUAACUUUUGCAUGAAUUAUGAAUAUUUAUAGGUCGAAUUGAUUUGGAGGAGAUGCGCCAAGCCUUUAAAAAAUUGGAGCUUGAUCUAUCUAGUCAAAUGGCUGAGUCUUUACUCGAACAAAUCGAUAAAGAUGGAAAUAUGAGCGUUGAUUGGCAAGAAUGGAUGACAUUUUUUGAGUUUUCGCCAGAUUCAGAUUUUCAAUCGAUUGUCAGACAUUGGAGACAAUCUCUAAUGAUAGAUAUUGGUGAACAACUGACAGUUCCCCCUGAAUUUACUGCAAAGGAAAAGAAAUCCGGAGAAUGGAUCAAGCAUUUAAUUGCUGGUGCAGUGGCUGGUGCUGUUUCUAGAACUUGUACAGCUCCCUUGGAUAGAGUAAAGAUUAUGUUACAAGUUCAUGGCAAGAACAUGUCAAUUGCCAAGAGCCUAAAGCUAAUGGUCAAAGAAGGAGGAAUAAAGUCCCUCUGGCGAGGAAAUGGAACAAACGUCAUUAAAAUAGCACCUGAGACUGCUAUCAAAUUUGCUGCUUACGAAAAACUUAAAUCUUUAAUACAAUCUGAUCCAAAUCAAAUUGGAACUUUAGAGAGAUUUACUGCUGGAUCCCUUGCUGGAGCAACAGCACAAACCUCCAUUUAUCCAAUGGAAGUUGUUAAAACUAGACUCGCCGUUGCUAGAACAGGACAAUACAAAGGAAUGCUAGACUGCCUGUUGCAAACUGUAAAACACGAAGGACCUCAGGCAUUGUAUAGAGGAUAUCUUCCAAACAUACUUGGCAUCAUUCCAUAUGCCGGCAUCGACUUAUCUGUUUACGAAACACUCAAGCAAUUUUACAACAAGUCAAACCCUGGAGUUAGUGAUCCUGGGGUGCUUGUGCUUUUGGCGUGCGGAACGAUUAGCUCCACUUGUGGCCAGUUGGCGUCAUAUCCCUUGGCACUUGUCAGAACUCGAUUACAAGCAGCGCCCCCAGAAGUUGCAAAAGAUGGAAUGGUAAAGAUGGCCCAAAACAUCGUGAAGAAAAAUGGCUUUAAAGGCUUGUACUCAGGCAUUGCACCGAAUUUUAUGAAAGUUUUGCCAGCUGUCUCUAUUUCAUACGUUAUUUAUGAAAGAGCAAAGAAAGUCUUGACGGAUAAAUUGUGAAUGAGCCGAGAUUUAAUUACGCCUCGAAACGGCCUUUACUUUGUGAUGGCCGGUCUGAACAUUCUUAUCUCUUUCUUUUUUCUUUUCUACAACUAUUGUAUACGCUUAAAAUAGUUGAAGUAACAGUGGGUAAUACUUAAACCGCUAUAGAUUAAAUUACUUCGAGACACUAAAGGAACGUAUUUAACUUGUGCUUAUUAUAUUUAGCCUUAACUUCUAAAUUUUCUACCUAUUUUCUUGUACUGUGAUAACACAGCUGUCUGGUUAAUUCCUGCAGUAAAAAGAAAUUUAACUAUCAAUGCCAUUUUGAGUUGAAUUGAAGUUUUUCGUUUUAUUAAUACAUUUAAGAAUUCAAGAUUUUCUUAUCUUUGAAUAAUUGAUACAAUGAUUCUGUUUCUAUC